GCUAUUGAUGCUAAUGAUACUUAAAGAAGGAUCCCUAAUGUCCCAGCUGGAUCACUGAGCACUUUUCAGAUUCCUGGAGGUGCUGCUGUUUAAAGAGGGAUUGUCCUGAGGACCUGGCCUGUCAUCGAAGCAGCAUCCCUGUGGGUGCUACAUGCAAGUCCUUGACAUUCUGGAAACCAUGGGGAUUGGUAAGAACACCACUGCCAAAUCAGUGGAGGCAGGAGGCUCAACAGAAGGCAAAUAUGAGGAUGAAUCUAAACAUCCCACCUUUUUCACCCUACCUGUGGUGAUAAAUGGUGGAGCAACACCCAGCGGUGAUCAGGAUACAGAGGACACAGAGCUGAUGGCCAUCUAUACUACAGAAAAUGGCAUAGCAGAGAAGAGCUCCUUGGCAGAGACACUGGACAGCAGUGGCAGUUUGGAUGCCCAAAGAACUGACAUGAUUUACACUAUCGAAGAUGUUCCUCCUUGGUAUCUCUGCAUCUUUUUGGGCUUACAGCAUUACUUAACGUGUUUCAGUGGAACUAUAGCAGUGCCCUUUUUGCUGGCUGAUGCCAUGUGUGUUGGAUUUGACCAGUGGGCUACCAGCCAGUUGAUUGGGACCAUCUUCUUCUGCGUGGGCAUCACUACAUUGUUACAAACAACUUUUGGGUGCAGGUUACCCUUGUUUCAAGCGAGUGCUUUUGCAUUCUUAGCACCUGCUAGAGCAAUACUCUCCCUGGAGAAGUGGAAAUGUAAUAAUACAGAUAUAACAGGUACAAAUGGAACAACAGAGCUGCUUCACACUGAGCACAUCUGGUACCCCAGAAUACGAGAGAUCCAAGGUGCUAUCAUCAUGUCCUCCCUGAUUGAAGUGGUGAUUGGUUUGCUUGGCCUUCCUGGCGCCCUGUUGCGAUACAUCGGCCCUCUGACCAUCACCCCCACCGUUGCUCUCAUCGGCCUCUCUGGUUUCCAGGCUGCUGGAGAAAGAGCAGGCAAACACUGGGGUAUCGCCAUGUUGACUAUUUUCCUAGUAUUAUUGUUUUCCCAGUAUGCCAGGAAUGUCAAAUUUCCCUUACCCAUUUACAAAUCCAAGAAAGGAUGGACAGCAUACAGGCUGCAGCUUUUCAAAAUGUUCCCUAUUAUUUUGGCUAUUUUGGUGUCCUGGUUACUCUGUUUCAUCUUCACGGUGACCGACGUCUUUCCCCCUGACAGUUCCAAGUACGGCUUCUACGCGCGCACCGACGCACGGCGAGGGGUGCUCCUCGUAGCUCCCUGGUUCAAGGUUCCUUAUCCUUUUCAGUGGGGACUGCCAACAAUUUCAGCUGCUGGAGUGAUAGGAAUGCUGAGUGCAGUGGUUGCUAGCAUCAUCGAGUCGAUAGGAGACUACUAUGCCUGUGCCAGGUUGUCUUGUGCUCCUCCUCCACCAAUUCAUGCCAUAAACAGAGGGAUUUUUAUUGAGGGUCUUUCCUGUGUUCUGGAUGGAGUAUUUGGGACAGGGAAUGGAUCUACUUCUUCCAGCCCCAACAUUGGUGUCUUGGGCAUCACAAAGGUUGGAAGUCGCAGAGUCAUUCAAUAUGGGGCAGCCUUCAUGCUCCUGCUGGGGAUGGUGGGCAAGUUCAGUGCUCUCUUUGCCUCUCUGCCAGACCCCGUGCUUGGUGCCCUCUUCUGCACCCUCUUUGGGAUGAUUACAGCUGUGGGUCUGUCUAACCUCCAGUUCAUAGAUCUGAAUUCUUCAAGGAACCUGUUUGUACUUGGAUUUUCCAUUUUCUUUGGACUUGUCCUCCCCAGCUAUCUCAAACAGAAUCCACUGGUCACAGGCAUAGCAGGCAUCGACCAAGUGCUGAAUGUCCUUCUCACUACAGCCAUGUUUGUGGGGGGCUGCGUGGCCUUUAUCUUGGAUAACACCAUUCCAGGAAGCCCUGAAGAAAGGGGAAUACGGAAGUGGAAGAAAGGGGUUGGUAAAGGAAGCAAGUCACUGGAUGGCAUGGAAACAUAUGAUUUGCCUUUUGGCAUGAACAUUAUUAAAAAAUACAGGUGCUUCAGCUUCCUGCCCAUCAGCCCCACCUUUGUGGGCUACACAUGGAAAGGCUUCAGGAAAAGCAGUAACUGCAGGAGUUCAGAUGAAGACUCAGAAGCUACAGUAUAGCCUUAGGUGAAAUUAUAUUCUCUAGUUGUAGUAAAAGAUGUAUUUGCAGUUUCUUGCUGAUUUAAGAAGCAUUAAAAUAUAUGUUUUGUAUAUCUGCAUUUAAAUUCUGGAACCAGAGCUGAGACAGAU